CACGGCCUGCCCAGUUCGCCGUACCCGUACCCCGCUCUUCCGCUGGCUGCUCCGCCCAGCAGAGUCCACGUGUUGAGCUGGGACACUGAACGCCGCCGGAGCAGGAGCAAAGCAAGCAGCAUCGGGAUGGCACCCAACGAGCUUGCAUUGCUGAGCGUCUCUGAUAAGACGGGUCUGGUGGACUUCGCCAGGAGCCUGGUUUCCAUUGGCCUCUCCCUCGUGGCUUCUGGUGGGACAGCUAAGGCUCUGCGAGAUGCUGGACUCGCUGUCAGGGAUGUGUCGGAGAUUACCGGGUUUCCCGAAAUGUUGGGAGGACGAGUGAAGACUCUACAUCCUGUGGUACAUGGAGGUAUCUUGGCUCGGAAUAUUCCAGAAGAUGAGUCUGACAUUGAGAAACUUGGUUUCAGCUUGAUAAGGGUUGUUGUUUGCAACCUGUACCCGUUUGCGAAAACAGUCUCCGUUCCAGAUGUGACCCUGGCCGAGGCUGUGGAGCAGAUCGACAUCGGUGGUGUGACCCUGUUGCGUGCAGCAGCAAAGAACCAGACCCGUGUGACCGUGGUGUGUGAUCCCAGUGACUACAAGUGUGUUGCCCGGGAGAUGGAGGCCUCUGAGCACAAGGACACCUGUGCAGAGACCAGGAGAGCCUUGGCAUUGAAGGCCUUCACUCACACAGCCCAGUACGACGCAGCGAUUUCUGAUUACUUCCGGAAGGAAUGCGGUCAGGGAGAGUCCCAGCUCCAGCUGAGGUACGGGAUGAAUCCCCACCAGACCCCUGCGCAGAUCUACACACUGAGGCCCAAGCUCCCGAUCAAAGUUCUGAACGGAUCACCUGGCUUCAUCAAUCUGUGUGAUGCUCUGAAUGCCUGGCAGCUGGUGAGGGAGCUGAAACAGGCCCUGGGUCUCCCUGCUGCUACCUCCUUCAAACACGUCAGCCCUGCAGGUGCAGCUGUUGGGGUGCCAUUGACAGAGGAGGAAGCCAAGGUCUGUAUGGUGCACGACAAGUUCAAUGAUCUCACUCCUCUGGCCACAGCCUAUGCCAGAGCCAGAGGUGCUGACAGGAUGUCCUCUUUUGGUGACUUUGUGGCCUUGUCAGACGUCUGUGAUGUUCAGACCGCCCGGAUAAUCUCCAGAGAGGUCUCAGAUGGAAUCAUUGCUCCAGAUUACGAGGGGGAGGCCUUGGAAAUUCUGUCCAAGAAGAAAAACGGGAACUAUUGUGUCCUUCGGAUGGACCCAGAAUAUGAACCAGAUGAGCUUGAAACCCGAAUGAUUUUUGGAUUGCACCUGGCCCAGAAGAGGAACAACGCACCCAUCGAUCGCUCGCUGUUCAAAAACCAGGUCACCUCAUUGACAGAUCUGCCAGAGUCUGCCAUUCGUGACCUGAUAGUGGCCAGCAUCGCAGUGAAGUACACUCAGUCCAACUCGGUGUGUUACGCCAAGGACGGCCAGGUUCUGGGCAUUGGUGCAGGUCAACAGUCUCGCAUUCACUGCACCAGGCUGGCAGGUGACAAGACCGAUCACUGGUGGCUCCGUCAUCACCCGAGGGUGCUGGCCAUGAAGUUUAAAACAGGCACGAAGCGGGCUGAGAUUGCCAAUGCCAUCGAUCAGUACGUGGGCGGGCUGAUAGAGGCUGUGGAGCUGGCCAAGUGGCAGGAGAUGUUUGAGGAGGUUCCUGAGCCACUGUUGGAGACAGAGCGCAAGAACUGGAUCUCCAGGCUGAGAGGAGUUGCUCUGAGCUCCGACGCAUUCUUUCCGUUCCGGGACAAUGUUGAGCGGGCCAAGAAGAGUGGAGUGGAUUUCAUCGCUGCCCCAUCAGGGUCAGCAGCUGACCAGUUGGUGAUCGAUGCGUGCAAGCAGCUGGGUAUAACUCUGUUUCACACCAACCUCCGACUCUUCCACCACUAGAAGGUUUGCCCACUGUUGCCGGCCCAUCACUGGGCCCCAGUAGUAGGAUGUUUUGUCUGCUGCUGUAUUGAUGUUGGAAAUUGUUCUCUGGAGUCAAAUGGUUACCAGGUUAUAAAUAAAUCAGUCCAACAUA